AUGCCUUCUUACUUUCUAUUGACCUUGACUCUUGUCCUUGUGGCUCUUUUUGCCAGCCAUCAAGUCUCUGCUGCCGCAAUUGGAAACCAAAAUGCCUGUAUCCAGCAAGCUUAUCGUGUAUACGACUUUUUUACGAAAAAUGGAUGUGAUAUUAAGAAAGGUGAAGAGGCUUGCAGAAAUUCUUUUGAUUUCGCCAUCAAAAACUUGAACGCUGAUCUUGAUAAAUGUGAGCGCUCUGACUAUGUCACACUGUGCCGUAUCGUUCCAUCAGGAGGUUUCUUUUCAUUCUCUAGCUGCUCUUCUACUAGCGGUGGUGGCAAGCUGACAAAAGCUGAUUGUGAAACUGAGGCAAGCAAAGACUACAUGUUCUACGGUGCCGACGGAUCAAAGACCCUCUUCAAGGCUAAGGAUUCAAGAUGCAUCAAUCAAAUUGAUUACAACUGUCAUGACUUGUGCAAAUAA